AUGAUUGUGAGAUUAGUGGCUCUAACGCAAGCAACAAACGACGUCUUUAAGAAUAGGAUGCUAGAGAAGAUGAUAGACCUUGGUAGCUUCAUGGUACCCUGCUUGAUAGGCAUCAUGGAUUUGGGUCAUGCUAUGUGUGACCUUAAAGCAAGCAUCAAUUUGAUGCCUCUUUCUAUCUUCAUGAAAUUAAAGAUAGGGGAGAUUCAACCAACUCACAUGAGGCUCCAGUUUAUUAACAGAUCCAUCGCCAAGUCAGAGGACAAGAUUGAAGAUGUUUUGGUGAAGGUGGAUAAAUUUUUAUUUCCUGCCGACUUCAUUAUUCUAGAUUACGAAGCUGAUCGGGAGGUUCCAUUCAUUUAG